AUGGCCGCGGCAGGGCGGCCCGAGCGGCCCGGCGACCGCCGCGGCGCUCCUCCUCCGCGCCCUCAGCCUCCUCCUCCCCCGCCUCCUCGCCCCGCGGGAGGGCGUCCAGGCCGCGGGAGCGGCGGCAGCGGCGCAGCGCGGGACGCGGGGAAGGCGGGGGCGGUUGCUCCAGACGGCCACGGCGCGGCUGGGGUGGGGGUGGCGUUGGCGGCGCCGCGGGAGGGAAGCGGAGGCGGCGAGGCGGGGAGCAAGAGGCCGUCGUCCUCCCCCGUGGCGGCGCCGCGGGAGGGAAGCGGAGGCGGCGAGGUGGGGAGCAAGAGGCCGCCGUCCUCCCCCGUGGCGGCGCCGCGCGCGGACCCGCCGCCCAAGCGGAGGCUGGUCUCCGCCACGCGCUAUUUCCCGCCAGGGUGCGGGAGAGGCGGCGCCGACGGCGGUUCGGGGCUCGUGGACGCCCCCGCACCCGCGCCCGCGCCCGCGCCCGCGCGCUCCAACGGCGGUUCUGCUGCUGCGUCGCCUAAGCCGCCGCCGCCGCGUCGCUCGGUCGCCAAGGCUGGUUCUGGUGGGCUGGCGAAGGCGUCUGCUGCAGUUAUUCGCGGACCGGUUGCGGAUGGCGGUCGUCACGGCCCUGAUGCGGGGGCGCUGCGAUCGCCACAGCGUCCCCGCUGCAGUGGUGCGGCUGCUGCAGAUAGUUUGUUGGACACUGAUCCACGCGGUGGUGCAGGGAGGGGUGGUGGAUUUGGGAGCGGCAAGCAGUUGGUGCCACCCACUCGGUUGCUACCAAAACUGAUCCGCAGCUUCCCGGUCGGGCGCGGGAGGGUCAAAGCGUCGCAGUCUCUCAGCAAGUCUGCAGACAAGUACCCCCAGACAGAGGGCAAGGAGUCUGCCGCGGCUAGGGUCUCCUUUGGUCUCGAGAAGAAGGUGGUUGUAAAAGAUCCCGCGGCUAGGUGCUCCUUUGGUCUCAAGAAGAAGGUGGUUGUAAAAGAUCCCGCGGCUAGGGGCUCCUUUGGUCUCAAGAAGAAGGUGGUUGUGAAAGAUCCAGCUCAUUUCCGGCUGAAGGUUGCCUCUGCAUGCACAAUGGGAACCAUCAUUAGAGUGGAUCAAGUGGUGGAUCAAUUAUUGGAAGAUGAUGGCUUCUUGAAGGCAAUAGAUGCUUAUGACAGAAAGCUUCAACUGGAGCUCAAUGUUUCAUCAGAUGUUCCCUCUGUGAGGUCCCAAAGGCAGUAUGGAACCCAAAAUGCGGAUGCCAGGCGUAAAGUCAAGAAGAUGUGCAAGAGGUUCCGGUUUAUAUGCAAGACUAUAGUACAAUUUGUGGAACAGCGCUCGCUGAAGACUAGUAGAAUUGACCUUGCCGCUGCUGGAGUGAUCAAGGCAUUGCCAGGAUUUACGCAACAUGAUCCUAUCAUUGGCAACGUUCCUGGAGUUGAAGUUGGUGAUGAAUUCCUGUACAAGGUUGAGCUGGCCCUUGUUGGUCUCCACCAACCGAACCGGGGAGGCAUUGGCACCACCAGGGGUGCAAAUGGUGUGCUUGUUGCAAUUAGCAUUGUUGCUUCUGGAUAUUAUCCUGAUGAGCUAUCAAGCUCGGGUGAAUUAGUAUAUACUGGUUCUGGAGGAAAGUAUGCUGGUAAGAAGACUGAUGAGAAUCAACAGCUUAAGAGGGGUAACCUAGCCUUGAAGAACUGCAUCCAAACGGGGACUCCAGUCAGGAGUGCACUAAAGCAGAGCCUUGAGAGGGAUUGCAUCAGUGACGAGCUGCUGACGGUUCAGCACAAGAAUGUAGUUGCAGUGUUGCUCUUAGAGUCUUAG